UACACCACAACAAUAAUACAGCGUCACAUGAUUUUUACUUCCGCAACUCAUGCUGCCACACUCAUUCAAAAAUAUCACAGUGUACUCAGGGAAGUAGGCAACCGUAGCUGACUGUGUUCAAGUAUAUCCCGCAUUAAAAGAUGCUUUAAUUGAAUUGUGUACUUCAACCGGACAGCAAGCCUCGUGUGAAGACUCAACAUGUCUCUGCUCAGAUUUGGAAGCAUUCUGCUGCUGCUGUUUGGACAUUCACUGGCGACACCUCGUUCAUUCAGCUUGGAUUACAAGAACGACUGCUUUCGGAAAGAUGGGGAAGAGUUUCGUUACAUAUCAGGAAGCAUCCAUUACAGCCGGAUCCCCAGAGUCUACUGGAAGGAUCGACUGCUCAAGAUGUACAUGGCAGGACUGAAUGCCAUCCAGACGUACAUUCCCUGGAACUACCACGAGGAGUCUCCAGGACGGUACAAUUUUACCGGAGACAGGGAUGUGGAACACUUCCUUCAGCUGGCACAAGACGUUGGUUUCGUGGUGAUCCUUCGGCCUGGACCCUACAUAUGUGCAGAGUGGGACAUGGGAGGGCUGCCUGCCUGGCUUCUCAACAAGAAAGACAUUGUGCUGCGGUCGUCAGAUCCAGAUUACAUCGCAGCUGUAGAUAAGUGGAUGGGGAAGUUACUGCCAAUGAUGAAGCCUUAUCUCUACCAGAACGGCGGUCCUAUCAUCACUGUACAGGUGGAGAAUGAAUAUGGCAGUUAUUUCGCCUGUGACUACAACUACAUGCGUCACCUAACAAAGCUGUUCCGGUCUCAACUGGGCGAGGAGGUGGUGCUCUUCACCACAGAUGGAGCUGGGCUCAACUACCUCAAGUGUGGCUCAAUACAAGAUCUCUACGCCACGGUUGACUUUGGGCCAGGUGGAAAUGUCACCGCUGCCUUUGCUGCACAGAGACACGCGGAACCUCGUGGACCUUUGGUGAACUCUGAGUAUUACUCUGGCUGGCUGGACCACUGGGGGUCGCGUCACUCCGUCGUGUCGUCUGCCAAAGUGGCCAAGUCCCUCAACGAGAUGCUGGCCGUGGGAGCAAACGUCAACCUAUACAUGUUCAUAGGAGGAACAAACUUUGGAUACUGGAAUGGUGCCAACGCACCAUACGGCCCGCAGCCCACCAGCUACGACUACGACGCCCCGCUCACAGAAGCAGGAGACCUCACAGAGAAGUACUUUGCUAUUCGAGAGGUGAUCAAAAUGUAUCAUAAGAUACCUGAGGGACCAAUACCACCAACAACUCCAAAGUACUCAUAUGGCUCUGUUGGGAAUGAAAAAGGUUGGCGCUCACUCCAGACGAUAUCCGAUGCCUUAGAAACACUUUCUUUCUCCGGCCCUGUCAAAAGCAUGUAUCCUCAGACUUUCAUUGAACUGAACCAGGCCUUCGGUUAUGUGCUCUACAGGACUACACUGCCUGUUAACUGCAACACGCCAACUCCACUGUCAUCUCCGCUGAACGGCGUCCAUGAUAGAGCGUAUGUGUCAGUGGAUGGGGUGGCUGUGGGGAUUCUUGAAAGGGACAAAGCCUUAACUGUCAACGUGACCGGGAAAGCUGGCAGUCAGGUGGACAUACUGGUGGAGAAUAUGGGACGAAUCAACUACGGAAAAUACAUUAACGACUUUAAGGGCCUGGUGUCCAACAUGACUCUGGGGAAAGAUACGCUCACCGGCUGGACGAUGUACAGCCUCAGCAUCGAUGAAGCGGUCAGUCAGGGCCUUCUCGGUGAAACGAAACCAACAGACCUUCCUCCGCCUGCUGCUCUCUCCCUUCCAGCCUUCUAUCAGGGAAACUUCAUCAUUCCUGACGGCAUCCCAGACCUCCCCCAAGACACCUACAUCACGCUGCCCAAAUGGAGAAAGGGACAAAUUUGGAUUAACGGCUUCAACCUGGGACGUUACUGGCCAACUCGAGGCCCUCAGCUGACACUUUUUGUCCCCGCCAACAUCCUCAGCACAGCUGCACCCAACAUUGUGACUGUCCUGGAGCUGGAAGAGGCUCCCUGCAGCUCAGGGCUGUGUAGUGUGGAGUUUACUGCCACCCCCAUCCUGAAUGCAACAGUCCAGUCUGACUACAAACAUCAGAGGAGGCUCUUCACUAAAGACGACUUGUUGUGAUAAUAAGAGAAACUCACUGCUGCACAAAAGGAAUCAAUCUGCACCUUUUUCUGAUGUACAAAUUCUAAUUAGCACUUGUUGUGUGAGCUCGAUGUCUGCCUGAUUUUAAAAAGCUGUAAUGUGUGAAGGAAGGUUCAUUUGGGACACGACAUCAAUGAUUGAAUGUGUCUUUAUGAAAAGUGAUGAAAUGUGUUUGUAGCCAAAUAUUGUAUUUAACAUCACAUCGACUGUGGGCGUAUCUACCUCGUCUGUUUUCUCCUCACAAAGGGAUUAUUGCCUUUUUGAAGCUCUGCCAAAACAUCACAGCAGCCUGUAUUUUAGAAAAUGCUUAAUUUUUUUAUGUGAAAUACACAUCAGGGAAAUACUAUACAGUAUGUAUUCUACAACUACAGAUACAUUGUGGGACUGAUGACAUGUAGCUUUUAUUAACUUUGAAAUUAUUUUGCAUAUACUCUGAACCUGUCUUGAUCAAGCAUUUGCCUUUUAAAUCAAAACAAAAAUUUAAAAAAAGAUUUGAUAAUGCUCCAAGGAUCUCUUUUAAUUCUGUUACUAUAUGCUUAACAGAAUUCUCUAAUAAAAUAUGGAUUACAAUGCUGAA